CCACCACGACUUUGAGGACACUUACGAACCCCCUUCGUCUCCGGGAUGUCUGAGGCACAUCACUCCCCCUCUCCCCCACGAAAGAUGCACGACGAUGACGGCCACAGCAAACCCCACAAGCCCAUGCUCCACCGCUACCGGUCCUCCCACCACCACCCCGGCCGCCUAGCCCUCUUCGUCCUUCUCCUCCUCCUCCUGCUCGCCGGCGUCACCGCGCUCGCCGUCUACCUCGUCUACCGCCCCUCUCGCCCCCGCUUCUCCGUGACUAGCGCCGCCAUCUACAGCCUCUCCAACGCCACCACCGUCGCGCCCGUCGCCGCCAUCUCCUCCGCCAUGCAGUUCACCCUCCUCAUCCGCAACCCGAACGACCGUUCCUCCAUCAGCUACGAGCGGCUCGCCACCUACGCCACCUACCGCGGCCAGGCCAUCACGCUGCCGGCCCCGCUCCCGCCGCUGUUCCAGGAGCGGGACAGCGAGGUCUCGGUGUCUCCCCUGCUGGGCGGGUCGCCCGUGCCGGUGUCGGGCGACGUGGCAGCGGGGCUGGCCACCGACCAGGCCUACGGGGUGGUGGCGCUGAGGCUGGUGGUGCUCGGUCGGCUGCGGUUCAAGUCGGGACCGUUCCACAGCGGCUGGCACAGCAUGUACGUGCGGUGCGACGUGCUCGCCGGCUUGAAGACCGGAGUCCCUGGUCAGGUCCCGCUGCUCGGCACGCCGGUUGUGCCCAUCCUCGUGCGGUCAGGAGAAGAAGCGGAUGAGGACGGCCAGCGUGGGAGCAUGAGCUGGCGUGACGUUGGCACGCACGCAUCGCAUGCACGUCCGCUACGUGUCACGGUGACGGCCUUCUCAGUGUCCAUCCCUCUCCACCGUCACAAAACCGAUACCGUUAUUGUAAACAACCUUAAGCCUAGUUCGGGUCCGGAUAACGGGGAUUUCCCUAGGACGUUCCUCGAGACUACUGAGGUGGUCGAUUAUGGUGGUCCGAUCGGGAUGGGAUCGCCGUUUCCUCCGAACAAGAACUCCUCACCUGCGCGUCCAGUGGAGGCCUUCGGCUUCGCACUUGCACAAAGGUCAGUUCGGGGAGCUUGGCCCGACCCCUCCGACGUUCAAGUCAGUGGAUGGUAA